AAGCUUCAAUGGAAAAGACAAUUACAAAGAAACCCCAAGCAAAGCCCAGCAAAACUGUUAAAAAACCAACACCAAAAGAAACACAAACACAGAACUUUCAGCCAAAGAGUGAAGGCUAUGGGAAAAGCAACAAAAGGCCUCGUCCAUGGUUCUGUUUUAACUGUGGUGAGGAUGGGCAUAUUGCCCCCUCUUGUGAGAGUGAACCGAACCCCAGUGCUGUGGAAGCAAAGCGUAAAGAACUCAGGGCAAAGCAAAAGGCUUGGGAGGACCAAUGUAACUCAGAUUUAAACUAGUUUCAGUUUCAGUUGAGGGACAAACUGAAACUAGCAGUGAUAAAAGUCCCACUCAGAAACCCCCAACAAAACAGUCUUGUACUCUAACAAGUAGGCGUCAUUCUAGCUUUCCAAAGGGUUUAAUUGGUAACAAAUGCACUGCUAAUAUAAACAUGGCUGGAGUGAGUUGCAAUUCCUUGUUAGACUCAGGGUCGCAGGUAACGACUAUUUCACAGUCAUUUUACCAGAAACACCUCUCAGACUUCCCACUCCAACCGAUCAGUAAUUUAGAUGUUGAGGGUGCGAAUGGGCAAGCAGUACCUUACUUAGGCUAUGUAGAAGUUCCAAUUGGCUUUCCAAAAGAGUUUGUUGAGUCUGAGCCUCACAUUUCUACAUUGGCUCUCAUUGUCCCUGAUUUACGUUCCAGCACAGACUUGCCUGUUUUAAUAGGUACAAAUGCCCUUGAUGUUUUAUAUGAGGAGUAUUGUCAAAACACACACAAUUCACCAGCUGUUUAUGGCUACAGUCAGAUUUUAAAAAUUCUUGAACACAGACAUGAGGCAAAAAGUACAGGGAGGCUCGGUUUAAUGUCUUUGAGGGGCAACGCAUCUUACAUUAUUCCAGCUCGUGAAAAGGUCUGUCUGGAAAGUUAUGCCCAUCUUAACUCUCCACUCACAGACAAUUGGGCAGUCGUCGAACAGCCAACAUCCACAGCCCUUCCAGGCGGACUCUUUGUUGACUGCUGCCUUAUCACAGUGCCAACUCAAAGGCCAUACAAGCACCCUGUUUGGAUCAGAAACGAAACCGAUCAUGACAUUAUGCUCCCUGGCAGCUGUGUCCUUGCUGAACUACAUCUUGCAGACCAAGUUUUUGAGACUCAAACUUUGCCUAAUACCAACACAGCAAGUUGUUGUAGUUUGUCUGCAGACCCCUCAAAGUCGUCACCCAAGGAACAGUUAGCAUUUGAUUUUGGUGAUUCACCUCUGCCUGAGGAAUGGAAAAGUCGGGUUACAGACAGUCUAAGUGCCUAUAGUGAUGUUUUUGCAUGUCACGAUCUUGACUUUGGCCAUGCGACAAAAGUUAAGCAUAAGAUCAAACUCAAAGACGAAACACCCAUAAAACAGAGGUCAAGACCUAUUCACCCCAAUGACUACGAAGCAGUCAGGAAACAUCUUAAAAUGCUUCUCGAUGCAGGGGUUAUAAGACCAUCAGAGUCCCCUUUCUCAUCCCCCAUCGUUGUAGUCAAGAAAAAGACUGGUGAAGUACGUCUCUGUAUAGACUACCGUAAGCUAAAUGUACAAACAGUUAAGGAUGUUUACGCGUUACCAAACCUCGAAGAGACCUUCUCCGCUCUAUCUGUGGUUCACUGA